GAAGAUGGCGGCGGCGGGGGCGGCGGCGUGAGGGGCCGGGACCGCCGAGCUCCGCGGGGGACGCGGGGCCGCCAUGGCCCUGCACGGCGCGCAGUAUAUUUUUGGGGAAUUCAGCCCUGAUGAAUUUAAUCAGUUCUUUGUGACUCCACGAUGCUCUGUUGAGCUCCCCCCAUACAAUGAAACAGUUUCAUGUGGUAUUAAAUCCACAGGGGAAGAGUAUCAGAGAAUUGAAUUUGGUGUUAACGAAGUUAUUGAGACGCAAUCAUCUGUCCUAAAUAACACCGACUACAGUAUUUCAAGUACUCUGAAUCCUCAGGCUCCAGAAUUCAUCCUCAGUUGUGCACCUGCUCAGAAACCCCCUGAUGAUGCUCUCAGUGAAACCAACUACAACUCCAUCGACUGCCAGUUCAGCGAUCCCGGCCUGGCUUUGGACAGCGGCUCCAACGCGGAAAACGACGGCUUGUCCGGAGGCCUCGGGCAGAGGGAGCGCAAAAAGAAGAAGAAAAGACCCCCUGGAUAUUACAGUUACCUGGAAGAUGUCAGCGAUGGCUUGGCCCCCCCGGAGGCGCUGGUGAACGGCCACGCCAACUCCUCGGGACUGCCCCCGGAGGACACGGAGCUGGCAGGAGACAUCCCCUCCCUGGCCACGCCAAGGACUUGCAACAGCCCGGACAACUCCGUGGACUUCGUGCCUGGAGCUGUCCCUGCUGGGGCCGUUGCCAGCGCUCUGGACAAUGCCAGGACUGCCGGGCAGCCCGAGGUAUGCCGAGUUCCUAAUUCUGAACAGUUUUGCCUCCCCUCGGAGGCCGUCAGAGAUAGCCCCCUAAGGACAGCUGGUGUACAGUCUUAUGCUGGUACUGAUACUACUGAAAGUCUUGGCGUUACUAAUGGACAAACACUUGAAUCCUCUGGUGAGGACACAGCUGCCAAUGGGGUAGAAUUGCACACUGUGGAAAGCACUGACUCAGACCAAGCUAAGCCUGAGGAAGCUUCACCUACUACUGAGGCAACAGUCCCGGUUGCAGGAUCAGUCCCCGUUAAUCAGCCUGCAAAAUCGUGGGCUAGUCUUUUUCACAAUUCCAAGCCCUCUGCUUCCACAUCUGUGGUCUAUGUUGAGACUAAGUAUACCCCUCCUGCCACAUCUCCUCUGGUCCCUGAAAAACAGGUUGAAGUCAAAGAGGGACCUGUUCCAGUUUCAGAGGAUCCUGUAGCCAUAAAGAUUGCAGAAAUACUGGAAAGUGUAAGGCUAAUACAUAAACCAGUGUCUUUGCAACCCCGAGGGCUGAUCAACAAAGGAAACUGGUGCUACAUCAAUGCUACCCUGCAGGCCUUGGUUGCUUGCCCUCCAAUGUAUCAUUUAAUGAAGUCCAUUCCAAUGUAUUCCAAAUCGCAGAGGCCGUGUACCUCAACUCCAAUGCUAGACAGUUUUGUUCGUUUAAUGAAUGAGUUCACUAAUAUGCCUGUACCUCCUAAAGCAAAGCAAGCUUUGGGUGAUAAAAUAGUGAGAGACAUCCGACCAGGAGCUGCCUUUGAACCGACCUACAUUUACAGACUCUUGACGGUUAUAAAGUCGAGUCUGUCAGAAAAGGGCAGGCAAGAGGAUGCUGAAGAAUACUUGGGAUUUAUCCUCAAUGGACUACAUGAAGAAAUGCUGACCCUCAAGAAACUUCUCUCUCCACAUAAUGAAAAACUGUUGGUGUCCAACGGCCCUGAGGCUCAGGCUGUUCCCGAGGAAGAGGAGCAGGAGGAACAAGGGGAAGGCAGCGAGGACGAGUGGGAGCAAGUGGGACCUCGCAACAAGUCCUCAGUCACCCGCCAGGCUGACUUUGUGCAGACUCCAAUCACUGAUAUCUUUGGUGGUCACAUAAGAUCUGUUGUUUACCAGCAGAGUUCCAAGGAGUCUGCUACACUGCAACCUUUCUUCACCCUGCAGCUGGACAUCCAGUCAGACAAGAUCCGCACAGUGCAGGAUGCCUUGGAAAGUUUGGUGGCAAGAGAGUCUGUCCAGGGAUACACCACAAAAACCAAGCAGGAGGUGGAGAUCAGCAGAAGAGUCACACUGGAAGAGCUGCCCCCUGUUCUUGUUCUGCACCUCAAGCGGUUCGUGUACGAGAAAACUGGGGGGUGUCAGAAGCUUAUCAAGAAUAUUGAGUAUCCUGUUGAUCUGGAAAUUAGUAAAGAGCUACUAUCUCCUGGUGUGAAAAGUAAAAUUUUUAAAGGCCAAAGAACCUACCGGCUCUUUGCAGUUGUGUAUCACCACGGGAACAGCGCCACGGGCGGCCACUACACCACGGACGUCUUCCAAAUCGGGCUCAACGGCUGGUUGCGCAUCGACGACCAGGCCGUGAAGGUGAUCCAUCAGUACCAGGUGGUGAAGCCGACUGCGGAACGCACAGCCUACCUCCUGUACUACCGCCGCGUGGACCUGCUGUGACCCUGCCUGCAGCACCCUGCUCUCUAGGACGCCAACUAUCACUAAUUUCCUCUCCUCUAAAUGCUCUUCUGAGUGAAUCUAUUUUUUCUUUUUUUUGUU